UCAUCGUCCUUAACUCACCAAGAACAAGGAAAAGAAAUCCACAGCUUAGCAACGCAUCCUACGCUACCACCAGAAAUCCUUCAAAGGCAUUUGCAACCAUGCCGAUCGUGAGGCGCAGCAACAUCUUUGAUCCCAUCUCUGUCGACGUUUUCAACACCUUCCCCGGCUUCGCGAGCGAAACCUCCGCCUUCGCCAACACCCGCAUCGACCGGAAGGAGACGCUCGAUGCCCACAUCUUCAAGGCCGACCUCGCCGGGGUGAACAAGGAGGAGGUGGAGAAACGCAGGGUCCUUCAGAUCAGCAGCGUGCGGAACGAGGAGCAGAAGGAGAAGAACGACAAAAGGCACAGCGUGGAGAGGAGGUUCCGGCAGUCGGAGAACGAGCAGGUUCUGGCUCGGCGUACGGUGCGAUGUCAUUCCGGGUUUACCGAGUCCGGUCGUGCCGUACAGAGACUUGAGAUUCGUUUCUCGUGUAAUGUGACGUAUAGCAGUAGCCGUGACGUGACGUGUUCUGAGGGCACAGUUGAGAAGCCCGACGGCAAGUCCCUAAGGAGGAAGGAGGAAGUUAAGGAGCCCGACGGCAAGUCCCUAAGGAGGAAGGAGGAAGUUAAGGAGCCCGACGGCAAGUCCCUAAGGAGGAAGGAGGAAGUUAAGGAGCCCGACGGCAAGUCCCUAAGGAGGAAGGAGGAAGUUAAGGAGCCCGACGGCAAGUCCCUAAGGAGGAAGGAGGAAGUUAAGGAGCCCGACGGCAAGUCCCUAAGGAGGAAGGAGGAAGGAGGAAGUUAAGAAGCCCGACGUGAAGUCCAUCGAGAUCUGAGCUCUGAUGCAUGCCGGAGAAACCCAUAGCUGAGCUUGCGACCUAUCCAAAUAAGUCUCUGUGGCAGUCGAGUGAGUGUGUCCGUCCUAUGUCUAAGUGUGCUAUUUGGUUCGUGUCUUUCUGUGUCCAAGUAGUCGGUCGACUUUGGGAACUCUGCAUUGCUCUCGCGGUAAUAACGUUUGUCAUGGAAGUAUUUCUUAAUUAAAUACGAGUCGGUCUAGUUCAUCCGUUUCAUAU